GAGUGGCGCACGCUACAGCUUCGACGGCACCGUGCGGAAGCUCUGGGUGCUCGCCUCCGACAAGCCCCAUGCCCGCCAGAGCCAUACCAGCCCAAGAACUGAGAUCAGGAUGGCAGGCUACGACUACAGCUCCGGCGUGUGGCAGUUCGAGGGCUAUGGUUACGUCCCCUCCGGCACCACGGGGGUGUCUAUCAUGCAGGUGUUCGGCGCCGGCGAGACGGCCACCACGCUCAUGCUGCAUGUCUACGAUGGCGCGCUGCGGUACUACGACCGGCAGCUCGUGGAGGACUCCAUCUAUGACAGAUGGUUCCGACUGAACGUGGUCCACGAUGUGGAGGCGUCGACGCUCACCGUGUACAUCGACGGCGAGCAGAAGCUGCACGUCCAGGGCCGCGGCGGGGACUCGCACUACUUCAAGUUUGGUGUGUACGCACAGAACCACGACUCCAGCUGCAUGGAGUCUCGCUGGAAGGACGUCAGGAUCUUCAAGAAGCAUUAGAAUUAUUUGUGCAUAUAUAUGUAUGUUG